AUGAAAUUCAUCACUGGAGAAUCGGUAAAGCCAAUAUUAAGAUUCCGAGGUGUUGCAAGCUCCAUGAUGAAGGAACGUUCCUUCAAUGUUCCUCUCUCACAUUUUUCAUCCAGUUAUUUACUAUUCUCUUCGCCAUGUCAUGUUGAUCCGAAUCAACCACAUUUCAAAUAUUAUUCAAAAAAUCUAGUGAACCAGACAUCGAACAGUCAUCAUUCAUCAUUGACCCGAGCUCACAAAAAACAUCAUCAUCGUGCGCGACAUCAUCUCAAUGAAUUUUCAACGACUUCUGUGGCAGUUGUGAAUUUAACCAAUAUUCUUCACAAUGUUGAAAAUAUUCUAAAUUUGGCAAGACAGCACAACUCACAAGUAAAAAUCAUGCCAGUCGUGAAAGCAAAUGCUUAUGGACAUGGUGAUGUGCCCAUUGUCAAAGAAUUAAUGAAAGAAAUGAAUAUUCAACGAUUUGCUGUGAAUCGUGUGUUAGAAGGAGUGAAAAUUAGAAAAUCUUUACAAAAUUUAAAUGAAAAUCUUUGUGUGGAUAUUCUUGUGUUGGGAUAUGCAAUUCCAACAGAAGUUAAAAAUUGUGUAACUUUUGAUUUAACACCAACUAUUUCUGGAGAUCCAUUAAUUAUUGAAACAUUAUUUGAUGAAUGUGUGAAACAAGAUAAGAAAAUUAAGGUUCAUAUCAAAAUUGAUACUGGAAUGGGGAGAUUUGGAUUAUUACCGAAUAAGGUUGAACCCUUUUUGAAAUGGUUCCUCACAAAUCCUCGUAAUUUUCAGUCCCGAAUCAUUCUUGAAGGAGUUUUCACACAUUUUUCAAGUGCUGAUGAAAAUUCCAAAGAUUACACUCAACACCAAUUUAACAAAUUUAUUGAAAUGAGAAAACUCAUUGAAACAAUGAUUGAGGAAAAUCCAAACAAGUUACAGAAUGAACUCAUCUAUCACUGUUGUAAUAGUGCUGCAACUUUAUUCUAUCCAGAAAUGCAUUUAGAUAUGGUAAGACCUGGAGUUUCAAUUUAUGGUCUCUCUCCCAGUAAUCUCACCCAUGAUGAACGAUUGCCAUUCCAAUUACAACCUGCACUUUCUUUAAUUUCACAUGUUGCCAGAGUUGAAAAACUUCCACACAAAUCCACAGUUUCCUAUGGAAAUACCUAUGUGGUUGAAAAUGAAAGUGAAACUUUGGCGUUAAUUCCAGUUGGAUACGGAGAUGGAUAUAAGAGAAUUAACUCCCAUAAAGCAUAUGUCCUUAUUGGAGGUGAGGAAUGUCCAGUCGUUGGAAGGGUGUGUAUGGAUCAAUUUGUUGUGAGAAUUCCAGACAAAAUUGCAGAUCAAGUGAAGGUGAACGAUCAAGUUGUACUUUUAGGAAAGCAAGGAAACAAAGAAUUAACCUGUGAAAAAUUAUCUGAAUGGUCUCAUACCAUUAACUAUGAAAUUGUCACUGCUUUAUUACCUAGAUUAAAGAGAAUAUAUGUCAAAUAA